GGCCAUUGUUCUCACUGAGUGGCACUUGCCUGAUCCUCUGUCAUCCAUCCUCUCCUGUUCUCCAGCAUGGUGUGUCUGUGGCUUCCCAGAUGCUCCUGUAUGGCAGCUCUGACUGUGAUACUGAUGCUGCUGAGCCCUCCUGUGGGUUUGGCCAGGGAUACCCGCCCACGAUUCCUGCAGCAGAUGAAAGCUGAGUGUCAUUUUUUCAAUGGGACAGAGCGGGUGUGGCAUGUGACCAGAUACAUCUUUAACCAGGAGGAAAUCCUGCGCUUUGACAGCGAUGUGGGGGAAUUUCGGGCAGUUAGCGAGCUGGGGCAGCCCAUAGCUGAGUACUUGAACAGCCAGAAGGACAUCCUGGACAAUUACCGCGCCGCUGUGGACAGGUGCAGAAACAACUACGCACUUGUUAGCCUAAUGUCAAAGCGGAGAGUUAAGCCGAAGGUGACAGUGUAUCCCACAAAGACUCUGCCCCUACAGCACCACAAUCUCCUGGUCUGCGCAGUGAGUGGCUUCUAUCCAGGCCACAUUGAAGUCAGGUGGUUCUGGAAUGGCCAGGAGGAGCAGUCUGGGGUCGUGUCCACAGGCCUGAUCCAGAAUGGAGACUGGACCUUCCAGAUGCUGGUGAUGCUGGAAACAGUUCCUCAGAGUGGAGAGGUCUACACCUGCCAGGUGGAGCACCCAAGCCUGACGAGCCCUGUCACAGUGGAAUGGAGGCCACAGUCUGAGUCUGCAUGGAACAAGAUGCUGAGUGGAGUUGGGAUCUUUGCUCUGGGUCUUCUCUUCCUUGGGGUGGGGAUGUUCAUCUACUACAGGAAUUAGGAAGGAUUCCUGAGCUGAAUAGAAGGUGACAACACUGAUGGAACCUCUCCAAGUCAUAAAAAGGCUUCCUGCUUGGCUCUCCUUCUUCCACAUAGACAGUGCAUUCUCAGGACUUGGUUCUCUGUAGUUCAGUGACCCUGCAGAACAUUUCCUUCUUGCUGCUUCCUGAGCCCCUGCCCCUGACCUGGAAGCUCCAGUAGAGCCCCAGGGGGACCUUCUCUCCAUUUUCUUCUGGACCCUGAAUAUUCAACUCUGACUGCCUCCAGAGGGUCUGAACUCACUUUGUGCCACAUUAUUUUAUUCCAUUUUCCUCAAAUAAACAUGGAGUGAAAAAUCA